CCUUCAUUCCACCUCCAUUCAAAGUAUAUCUUUAAUUACAACACUCAAUGCUCUGAUAUUCUUCAAUCUAUUCCCAUUAGCCGCUACUCCUCGUAUAUACAUUACCACUCCACAGCCUACCCUGUGAUAUCCUUGUGCCGGAGACUGCGCAGGUCGACUGCUGAGCAGUGUUUACAUAUUCCCGCCCAUACCCAGCUAGAUACGCAGUGCAAGUGCGAUCCCAACCGCCAUCAUGCUCAAUCCGAUGAAAGUGUACUUUCCGGGCAUGCUUCUUCGGAAGACGAACAGUGUCCGGAGCGACCCAGCCGAUAGCAGAACGGAAGCAACAGCUUUCCCGGAUUACCCACCCGAUGACCCCGACUUCACGCUUAUUGAAAUGGAGUUCUACCGGAAACGCUCCGUCUCGGCUAGCCAGUGGUCAUCAUUCCUCACUGCUACUACGCUCGAGCUGUCGUCUCCCCCGGUAGACCUCAGCCCGCUUCCAGAAAUCAAUUACGACAAUCUGAGGCCGAGGGUUAUUCCAGAGAGAUUUCAAGUCAAUAUCCCCACAAUUUCUGAGGAGGCUGCGCCUCCUGAGACUGCUAAGGAGAAUGUCGAUCCUACAUCUGAGGAGAGGUCUUCUCCGCCGACCUGGGACUCACCAUGGGUUAGCUCCCGGGCCUCGCCAGAUAGUAGCUCCCGGGCCUCCAUCUCCAGCAACCGAUCCACACGUUCCCCGUCCGCUAGUCCACCCCGCCGACGCCGCCACCACUCGCCCCCACCACCACCUCGUCCCACCUAUCGCUAUCGGUCUCUCCUCGACGACUUUCCGGAAGAUCCGGACGAGGUUCCGGGCCCUCUUCCCAAGAAUUACGACAGAGAUUUGGAUCCCCUCAUAAAGAAGAACACAGAGAUAAACCAAAAUAUUGCCGAGCUAACGGCAAACCUGAUCCCCGAGGAGCAGGAGCGCUCGCGUCCUACGAGGUCGCAUAGCCCGGUAGUGGGAUUCGGCGAGGUGAUAAUCAAGAGCGAGACUGGGGAAUGGGAGGCCCCGCUUUUACCAGCGCAUGCAGAGCCCGGACCAGCACAGAAGUUGCUUCGUCUUGCUACCUCCAAGGCCAGUCUGGCCAGCAAGGUGAUACCUAGGAAGAGCUCCACUGGAAGCAACCGCUCAAGGAAGAGCUCAGUCCCGGAAAAGUCAAUCUUGAAGAACCGUGCUGCAAAUCAGUCUCCUGCUAGGAUCGGCUCGUUGGAUACUGCUCAAGCCGUGCCCUCGACGGGUGAUGAUACCACUAACAACGCCUCCGCUCUCGCCCAAAAGGACACUUCAGUCACCACAGCCGCCCUCGGGACGAGGAGCGCCGUACGAAGUCCACCACAAAGCCGCCCUGGCACGCCGAAUCAACCAUAUGCUUCACAUUCAGAGGAACCAAGUCCCCCCGGGACCCCUCCACAGCUCGAGGAGCCAAGUGCCUUGGAGGCCCCUUCACAGCUUGAGGAGCCAACUCCCUUCGUUCCUUCACAGGAGCCAACUCCCCCCGAGACCCCUUCACCGCUUGUGGCACCAGGUGCCGUGGUGGCCCCUUCACAGCUUGAGGAGCCAAGUCCCUUCGCUCCUUCACAGGAGCCAACUCCCCCCGAGACCCCUUCACCGCUUGAGGCGCCACAGUUGGAAUCCCCAGAUAUUUCCCACUUCAGCGUAGGACUCCUUCCAUCACCCGAACGAAGUGGCACUCCGACUCCCCGCGCAUCACCCAGGGGAAGCGGCAGCCCCACUCCACGCCCAUCUACAGCAUCACGGCUAGACCCCACACCCCAAUUCGUCCCUACUCCAACCCUGCCUGACGUCGUGGCUUCUCCGGGCUCAAGAGUGAGCUUUCCCGUCCCCCCCACACCAGCCAAUACUGCCGAACCACCCAAUGCUGCCGAACCACCCAAUACUGCCGAGCCUCCCAAUACUGCCGAACUUCCCAAUACUGCCGGACCGCGGCCACGACCCCGGACCCCGUACCCCUGGCCAGCUGGGGGGAACAGGACCGAGCGGUUCAGGGCCGGGUGGACCAGGUUCACGGAGAAGUAUAGACGCGUCAGGGAUCGGAUCCGGAGAAAGGACGACGACGGUGCCGCUGAUGGGUAGUGCGGCUGUGGGACGAGAAAUGAAAUGUCUAUUUUCAUUUAUUAUGUUUCUACGGUGCUAUGGAGUUUUGUUUUUAUUUGUUUUUCUACGGCUGGGU